UCAAGGGGGUCUUCCAUCCGGGGACCCCACGCUCAUCCCAGAGCCUCAAGGACAGCCUUGGCCAGGGACCCAGGGGGCCUGUGGGAAGUGCCCCAGGGUCCCCCAGCACACUCUGCUCCCUUUGGCUGGCCGCGGCCUCAUGCAAAUGAGGACCUACGUCACUUCCGGAGACACUCGAGCGCCAUUUUCUCUUUCUGGCGGCGCCGGGAGGAGGGGACGGGCCGCGCCGGGGGUGGGCUCGCGCUGAGGCGGGGGUCCCGCCGCGCGCGGCGAGGCGCGGUCGGCCCCGCGGGGCGCGGCGAGAGGCGGCAGGGGACGCGGCGCUGCUGCAGCCGGAGCCCAGCGGAAAAUUUCAAAAAUGUUUCAAAUACCAGUGGAAAAUCUUGACAGCAUUAGAAAGGUGCGAAAGAAGGUCAAAGGCAUUCUCAUGGAUAUUGGACUUGAUAGCUGCAAGGAGCUGCUGAAGGACCUUAAAGACUUUGAUCCUGGAGAAAAGUACUUGCAUAACACAUCCUGGGGUGAUGUUUCUCUCUGGGAGCCUUCUGGAAAGAAAGUGAGAUACCGGACGAAGCCGUACUGCUGCAGCCUGUGUAAGUACUCGACAAAGGUGCUGACUUCAUUCAGGAACCAUUUGCAUCGCUGCCACGAGGAUGAGAUUGACCAGGAGCUGGUGAUUCCUUGCCCCAACUGUGUGUUUGCUUCUCAGCCUAGAGUGGUGGGAAAGCACUUCAGGAUGUUUCACGCGCCUGUUCGCAAAGUCCAAAACUACACGGUGAAUAUUCUAGGAGAAACAAAAUCGUCGAGGAGUGAUGUGAUAAGCUUUACGUGUUUGAAAUGUAACUUUUCCAACACUUUGUACUACAGCAUGAAGAAGCAUGUACUAGUAGCUCAUUUUCAUUACUUAAUUAACUCCUACUUUGGCCUACGAAAUGAGGAAACGGGUGAGCAACCGAAGACCAGUGAUGAGAAGGGGCCGCCGUCUGACAGAUUCUACUGUAAGAAGUGCAGUGCCAGUGCCGGCAGCCAGGAUGCGUUAAUGUACCACAUCCUGACAUCAGAUACACACCGGGAUUUGGAGAACAAGCUUAGAUCUGUGAUCUCAGAGCACAUUAAGAGGACUGGACUUCUGAAGCAAAUGCAUAUAGCACCGAAGCCAGCUGCACGCAUGGCCAUCCCGCGCAACAACAGUGCUGCUCCUGGUCUCACGGCCCCACCUCCUUGCUUUCGUCUUGCCUUGCCGCAGAACAGUCAAAGCUCAGCUGUGGUGCAGUCGGUGACUGUGGCCCCCGGCACGUCUGGGAACCUCACUCACACUCCAUCUGCUAUUGCCCAGUCUCGGGUGACUCUGGUCUCUAGUCCUCUGCCCGUGUGCCAGAGCAGCUUAGCUCUACAGCCGUCGGCUCCUCAGCCUGUCUUCCUCUCCCCCGGGGUCCCACUUAAUAAGCCUGGGAAUCCUCCUGUGCUGCCCCUGAGCCAGCCCGUGAGACCUGCAAAGAAGUCAGUGGCCACUGGUGUCCUCCCUGUGAGCCAGGCCGUUCGCCCUGGGGUCUUACCUCUCGCCCAGCCUGUGGGGCCCGGAAACAGGCCCCCUGGGCCUGGGGUCCUUCCUGUGAACCCCACUGUCACCCCUGGGGUUCUGCAGGCUGUCUCUCCAGGGGUCAUUUCUGUGAGCCGAGCAGUUCCAUCAGGGGUUCUGCCUACGGGCCAGAUGACUCCUGCUGGGGUUAUUCCUGGACAGACAGCAACUUCUGGGGUUCUUCCCCCUGGCCAGAUGGUCCAGUCAGGGGUUCUCCCUGUUGGCCAGACAGCCCCAUCUCGGGUUCUGCCCCCUGGCCAGACUGUGCCAUUGAGGGUUCUCCCUCCUGGCCAGGGGGUCUCUUCUGGGCUGCUUUCCUCUAACCAGACGGUUGCCUCAGGUGCCGUUCCUGGGAACCAGGGCGUAGGUUCUGGUGUUCUUCAGCUCAGCCAGCCCGUCGUGUCAGGAGUUGUGCCUGUGGGCCAGCCAGUGAGGCCUGGUGUUCUGCAGCUGAACCACCCAGUGAGCACCAGCAUUGUGCCUGUGAACCAACCAGUGAGAGCUGCUGCUGCCGCUGCACAGAGCACCACCUUUCUGACCUCGGGCUCAAUUCUCCGGCAGCUGAUCCCCACAGGAAAGCAAGUGAAUGGCAUUCCCACCUACACACUGGCGCCACUCUCAGUCACCCUGCCAGUUGCCCCAGGAGGCCUCACAACCGUCACCCCGCCACAGAUGCCCAUCCAGCUCCUGCCCUCAGGGGCAUCUGCGCAGACGGCCGGCUCUGUGCCCAGCCUGCCCACACCUCCUGUGCUAGUGGGCGCGGCCCAGAGCAUGUUCAUCCAGGCCUCUCCACCCAUGGCAGAUGCAAAUCAGGUGCUCAGACAGGCCAAGCAAUGGAAAACCUGCCCCGUGUGCAACGAGCUCUUUCCAUCCAAUGUGUACCAGGUUCACAUGGAGGUGGCUCAUAAGCACAGCGAGUCCAAGGCGGACCAGAAAAGGGAACCCGAGAAGCUGGCAGCGUGUGCCCCGUUCUUAAAGUGGACGAGGGAGAAAGUGGUCCGCUGCCUGUCCUGCAAACGCUUGGUCUCAGAGGGGGAGCUCAUCCGCCACUUGCUGAUGCAUGGCCUGGCGUGCCUGUUCUGCCCAUGCACCUUCCAUGACAUCAAGGGCCUCUCAGAGCACAGUAAGACCGUGCACCUGGGGAAGAAGCGGCUGCCUGUGGAUUACAGCAACAGGGGCUUCCAGCUGGAGCUCGAUGCCAAUGGCAGCCUGCUCUUUCCCCACCUGGAUUUCAUCACUGCACUACCCAAAGAGGAGCUUGGCGAACAGGAGGUAUACCUGGCUAUCCUUGCUGGGAUACACUCCAAGUCCCUGGUGCCUGUCUACGUGAAGGUGAGGCCCCAGGUUGAGGGCGUGCCUGGAAGCCUCAGCAAGCCAGCCCUGACCUGCCCCUUCUGCUUCGCCACCUUUGGGACAACGGAAGCCUACGAGCUGCACCUGAAGGAGCGGCACCACAUCAUGCCCACAGUGCACACGAUCCUCAAGUCUCCGGCCUUCAAGUGCAUCCACUGCUGUGGGGUUUACACUGGAAACAUGACCCUGGCGGCCAUCGCCAUCCACCUGCUGCGCUGCAGAAGUGCUCCUAAGGACAGCGGCUCCCACCUCCAGAUCCAGCCUGAGCUCAUCAACAACAGUGAGCUGCUCCUGGUCCGUGGGGAAGUGAUCCACGACGCCAGCUUUCCCGUGAAGAGAAAGCUGCCUGAUGGCCACAUGGGGGCGGAAGGCCAGAGAGGUGGGGAGGAGCAGGCCCUCCUUCCGAAUGCCGAUGCAGCCCCUGGCCCAGAAAAGGGGUCUAGUGCUGUGCCUUGUAAAAGACAGAGGAAUGAGAGCAGGACAGAGGGACAGACUGCCAGUGAGGACGUGCUUCAGAUUUUAGCACUGGAUCCCAAGAGAUACGAGGACCGCUCUUACGAGAAGAAAAAGCAGUUUCUCAGAGAUUAUUUUCACAAGAGACCAUAUCCUACUAAAAAGGAAAUAGAAUUGCUAUCUUCACUCCUAUGGGUGUGGAAAAUUGAUGUGGCUUCAUUUUUUGGAAAACGUAGAUACAUUUGCAUGAAAGCAAUAAAAAAUCACAAACCCUCUGUACUUUUAGGCUUUGAUAUGUCUGAACUUAAAAAUGUUAAACAUAGACUGAACUUUGAGUAUGAACCAGAAAGCUUAUAAAAAAGAGUGAAAGUGCUAGGUAAUAGAUUUUCUAUUGAGAUUUAAGAUAGGUUGUUUCUUCACUGUGUUGAAUUAAUCAAUUUCAGUGGUUGUUAUGCUGCUCUUUAGAUUUAUUUCAGGUGCUGAGAAAGACUAGUUUUUUUCAGAUAUAUUGUUUCCUACAGUUUGAUUUGUAAAUUAUUUUUUCUGCCAUGUAAAUUAAAUUUUUUCAUGCACGCCUUGUUUUGCUAGUAGUGUCAGUAAUUAUACAACUGAAAAACUAAAAUUUGCCAUGUUUUCCAUUUAAG